AUAGACAGUCCCUGAUAUUUCUGCGAUUUGGCAACAGUGGACAUGUGACAUGUUUUGACAUUUAGUAAAAUCAACAUUCAACCAUCGAAAAACACGUAGCGAAAAUACUAGAUGCCAACGUAUUCAUCGGAUAUUAAUUAAGUUAUAAAAAUAUAUCCUUAAAAUGAGGUCCCUUGGAAUAUCUAUGCUAAGUGUAACUUUAACUACUGUUGUAAUUGCUAAUGCAUAUUACCAGAAGAAACAGUUUUAUCCUUCAGUAGUAUAUAUAACAAAAUCCAACCCCAGUAUGGCUGUUAUUUACAUACAAGCUUUUAUAUGUGUCUGGAUAACAGGAAAAUUAAUGAGAAAAAUAUUUUUUGGACAGCUGCGAACAACAGAGUUUGAGCAUUUAAUGGAACGUUCAUGGUAUGCAAUAACGGAAACUUGUUUAGCUUUUACCGUUUUUAGAGAUGAUUUUAAUCCUAAAUUUGUAGCUCUAUUUACUUUGUUACUGUUUCUAAAAUCAUUUCACUGGUUAGCGGAGGACAGAGUGGACUAUAUGGAACGAAGCCCUGUUAUAAGUUGGCUUUUUCAUAUUAGAGUUUUAAGCCUGCUCCUAUUAUUGGGAUUUAUGGAUCUAUACUUCAUACAACAUGCAUAUCAAUCCACAAUUACUAAAGGUGCCUCUGUACAAUUAGUAUUUGGCUUUGAAUAUGCAAUUCUUAUAACUGUAGUAGCAAAUAUUGCCAUAAAAUACGGCUUACAUUCUGUUGAUUUAAAUAGCGAAACGCCUUGGGAUAAUAAGGCAGUGUUUUUGCUCUACACUGAAUUAGUUAUGGGCUUAAUAAAGGUGAUAUUGUAUAUUGCUUUUGUGGCGAUUAUGGUACGCAUAUACACUUUACCACUCUUUGCUUUCCGUCCAAUGUAUUACACGAUACGAAACUUUAAAAAAGCCUUUAGCGACGUUAUCUUAUCACGACGAGCUAUUCAUAAUAUGAAUACUCUUUACCCAGAUGCCACACCUGAUGAGCUAAGGGCAGCAGAUAAUGUAUGUAUUAUAUGCCGCGAAGAGAUGACUACUGCCUCUAAAAAAUUGCCAUGCAAUCAUAUAUUCCAUACCUCAUGUUUAAGAUCGUGGUUUCAAAGACAACAAACUUGCCCAACAUGUCGUCUAAAUAUUUUAAAUUCUUCAACUAACAAUAAUGAUCCAAGACAAGAUCAGAGACGCCGUGUAGUUCCUCCUCCUGGAGCGGCAGCGGCUGCAAAUCCCCCUAAUCCAUUUUACAAUCCAUAUCUUGCGGGUGCGAAUCCCUUUCAAAUCUUUAAUCAACCAAACGGGCCCCAGCCUCAACAUCCUGCGCCACAAGCAAACCAACAGCCUCCAGCUCAUCCAAAUCAUACUCCAAAUAUUAGUGAAAACGCAGCUCCCCCCCAAGCUCCCAAUCAAACAUUCCCGGCAUUUGCUUUCCCACCAUUCCCUUUUUUGCCUUUUAUGGCACCACCGCCAAUGCCACCUACAAAUUUAAGAAGUCUAAGUGCCGAAGAAUUGCGUCGCAUGGAAGGCAAUGAGAUGGAAAAUGUUGAAGCGAGAAUCCAAUGUCUAAGAAAUAUCCAGGUAAUGUUAGAUGCUGCCAUUGUAAUGAUGCAACAGUAUUCAGCAGCUGCUGCAAUUUCCUCGCAAAUACCAAUACGAAUUCCAUCAAAUACAGUGCAACCAAAUUCUUCUUUGCAUAAUGCUACCAGAGUUAAUCCUUCCAACGAAGCAAAUUCAAGUAGACAGAAUGGUGUUUUAACAAGUAAUACUCCUGAACCACUGACUAAUUCAGAUAAAGAGGCCUAUGUUUCAAACCUUAAUGGAGAAAGCAGUUUAUCCAGUACAAUGAAUAAUGAAAUUGGUACGGAGUCGGACCGAAGUUCACCGUCUCCGGAGGAAGAAGUAAGAAGAAGAAGACUGCAAAAGUUUUUGCAAAAUGAACAGAAUGAACAGCAGUAAAAGUGCGUGAAAGUUAUAUGAUUUUUUUUAUCUUGCAAUGAAGAUUGACUUUUAUAUAUGCGGGUUUAAUUCUUCUCGUACCAUUUAAAACAACUUGUGUCACUUUUAUAAUAUUUUAAUUGGAUUAGUAGAUAUACAUUGGAUAUACCUAAAUUAUUAACUUUAAGGGCCUUUUGCACUGACAAAUAUUUAAAUUAAGUAUUAUUUAAACUGAAAAUAUUUAACUUAAUGGUAUUUAUUUUAAAUUAUACUUAACGAUAAGUGGUGAUGCCUGUGCUAUUUAAAUGUGAGACCAGAUUCAACAUAUUUGUCUAUAUAAACGGUCCUAGUGGUACGAGUUUUUAAAGUCAAGAAAUAGUUUUUAAAUUGUGGCAUGAAUUCACUAAAAAAAUAUUAUAGAAAUGCCAAAGGUAUAUGUGCUUAAUUAAAAGGUUUGUAUGUAUAAAAAUACUUUUGACUUUAAGAGGUUAUAAUAAAUUGUAUACCUAAUUAGAAGAAUUAAUUUAUAUUAUUUAAAACCACUUUUAUUGAACCAAAUAAAAUGUCAUGUUUAAACUAGUA